AUGACCGACUCGGCGGCGGACUGCAAGGCGGAGGUCAAACAGGCGACGAAAUAUGUCAAAGAAACCGAGAACGUCGCAGAGAAAUACUCGGCGUUGACCGUCAGCAAAAACAGUGAUAUGAAUAUGAACGUGGGAGAACUGCCCACCGCGGCGUUCACCGCGGUGCCCACACUUAAAUCCGUCAAGAAGAUCCAGUUUGCUAACGCAGAGGACAAGCAGGAGUUCACCAAGUACCCAACCAAAGCCGGGCGUCGCUCGCUCUCCCGGUCAAUCUCCCAGUCUUCCACAGACAGCUACAGCUCAGCUGCCUCCUAUUCUGACAGCUCUGAUGAUGAGACCUCUCCAAGGGACAAAGCCCAGGUCAGCACCCAAGGCAGCAGUGACUUCUGUGUUAAGAACAUCAAGCAGGCCGAAUUUGGCCGUCGCGAGAUUGAGAUUGCAGAACAAGAUAUGUCUGCCCUGAUCUCCCUGAGGAAAAGAGCCCAGGGGGAAAAACCACUAGCCGGGGCAAAAAUAGUGGGCUGUACCCAUAUUACUGCUCAGACGGCGGUCCUCAUUGAGACCUUGGUAGCCCUGGGGGCCCAGUGUCGCUGGACUGCAUGUAAUAUCUACUCCACUCAGAAUGAGGUGGCGGCUGCCCUGGCUGAGACUGGAAUACCUGUUUUUGCAUGGAAGGGUGAGUCAGAGGAUGACUUCUGGUGGUGCAUUGAUCGCUGUGUCAACACAGAUGGCUGGCAGGCAAACAUGAUUCUUGAUGACGGGGGUGACUUGACUCAUUGGGUGUAUAAGAAGUACCCCAGCGUGUUCAAGAAGGUUCAGGGUAUUGUGGAGGAGAGUGUCACUGGGGUGCAUAGAUUGUACCAGUUGUCCAAGGCUGGCAAGCUGUGUGUCCCUGCUAUGAAUGUGAACGACUCGGUUACCAAGCAGAAAUUCGACAACCUCUACUGCUGCCGUGAAUCAAUUCUGGAUGGCUUGAAGAGGACGACUGACGUAAUGUUUGGAGGCAAACAAGUUGUUGUGUGUGGUUAUGGAGAGGUAGGGAAAGGCUGCUGCACCGCUCUAAAAGCGCUCGGGGCCAUUGUGUGCAUCACAGAGAUUGACCCCAUCUGUGCCCUGCAGGCAUGCAUGGAUGGCUUCAGAGUUGUCAAGCUUAAUGAGGUCAUUCGGCAGAUGGACGUGGUGAUAACCUGCACGGGUAAUAAGAAUGUUGUUACCAGAGAACAGUUGGACCGGAUGAAAAACGGCUGCAUAGUUUGCAAUAUGGGGCAUUCCAAUACUGAGAUUGAUGUGGCAAGUCUGCGUAGCCCCGAGCUGACCUGGGAGCGGGUUCGCUCUCAAGUGGAUCAUAUCAUUUGGCCCGAUGGCAAGAGGGUCAUCCUGCUGGCAGAGGGCCGGCUCCUCAAUCUGAGCUGCUCCACAGUGCCGACGUUUGUGUUGUCCAUCACUGCUACAACUCAGGCCUUGGCCCUGAUCGAGCUGUUCAAUGCUCCAGAGGGACGCUACAAACAAGAUGUGUAUCUCCUUCCUAAGAAGAUGGAUGAGUAUGUAGCCAGCUUGCACCUACCAAACUUCGAUGCCCACUUGACAGAGUUAUCUGAUGAGCAGGCCAAAUACAUGGGCCUUAACAAAAAUGGACCAUUUAAACCAAACUACUAUAGGUAA